AUGUCUGUAGAAAUCAGCCCUAGCGCUCAGCUCGGCUUCCCACGCCCGCUCACGCAGGUUGUGAAGCGUUCUCUUUAUGUGACGAACUCGAACUCGCAGCCUGUGGCGUUCAAGGUCAAAACUACGGCGCCAAAGCAGUACUGCGUGCGGCCCAACUCCGGCCGUAUGGAGCCGGGCGAGCGUGUGGAAGUGCAGGUGUUGCUGCAGCCACUAAAGGAGGAACCACCGAUCCAGACAAAGUGCCGCGACAAGUUCCUGAUUCAGAGUGCUGUGAUUACGGCGGACAAGGAAACUCUCCCGAUCCAUGAAUUUUGGGCGCUGCAGGAGCGCGAGAAGGAGGGCGUGUCAGAGCACAAGAUUCGCUGCGUGUACCUGCCACCGAACAGCGAGCCGCUCCCAGAAGAAAACGAAGACAUCAGCAGCCCGAGUGCUGCCAUCUCUCACACACCCUACGACACGAGCAUCGGUGCUGGUGCUGGCGGUCCUGGCUACGCAACGGAGGCUGGCGCCGGCGCUGGUGCGGUUGGUGCUGGCGUGGGUGCUGGUUACCUCGCUGGUCAGCCACGAACCUCCAGCGCGCACCCAGGUGCUGAGCCGCCCAUUUCAUUUGCGCAGCUGAACCGCUCGGAGGCUACGCCCAUGUCGUCGCAGCCGUUCGCCACGAGGAGUGGCGCUACAAACAUGGCACCUGCAUCUGCGGCGAUGGGUGCCACGACUUCGACGACCACGGCUGUGCCUGUCGCUACGACACCCCGCUCGCCACAGGAGCUUGAGUCGGAGGUGUUGCGUCUGCGUGCCCAGCUUGCAUCGAACGAAAAGACCACGACAUCUUUCAACAGCGGUCGCACCGCCACAGCCAAGGCUACCAGCUCAGGUGUGCCCGUCCACAUUGUCGCUGCCAUUGCUGUGGGUGUAUUUGCCAUUACCUACCUGUUUUUUUAG